GAACCCACUCGCCCUCCUGCCUGCUAGUGCAGCCUCGGUCGGUCCACUCACCGUUUGUUCAUUUCACCGGCACCUGGGCGACCCCCGACAUCGUCAUGGCAUCGCUUCUAUGCUGUGGGCCUAAACUGGCCGCCUGCGGCAUCGUGCUCAGCGCCUGGGGAGUGAUCAUGUUGAUAAUGCUUGGAAUCUUUUUCAACGUCCAUUCCGCUGUACUCAUUGAGGACGUGCCUUCCACGGAGAAAGACUUUGAGAAUGGUCCCCAGAAUAUAUACAGCCUUUAUGAGCAAGUGAGCUACAACUGUUUCAUCGCAGCGGGCCUUUACUUCCUCCUCGGAGGCUUCUCCUUCUGCCAAAUCCGACUCAAUAAGCGCAAGGAGUACAUGGUGCGCUAGACAGACCGUCGCAGUUUCCCUCCCCAGCAUCCACCCCCUCCUGCCGUAUUUAAUGACUCCUCACUCCGCAGCCCACGCCCCCGCCUGCCUGACUGGGAGUGAUUAAAAACCCUGUUCUCCCGUCUCUAGCGCCCGCCCAGGGAAAGGAAGCUGGCGCUGGUCGGCUCCGAUGCCCAGAGGCCCUCACUCGCCCCA